AUGUCGGUGAACGAGAACCGCCAUUCCCAAACCACUACAACCCCCCGAGCUGCAAGUUCCCCGACUUCGGACCGUGAAGUGCUUGACCAACGAUUGCAGCGCCUCUCCGACGACGUCCUCCCCCCCUUGGAGGAGCAGCAACUACAAUAUAUGACCUUCUUGACACACCACGACACAGACUCAUUGCUUCUAGCUGUCGGGGACUGGUCAGACGAAACGGGGCGCAUGAUGGCCGAUCGAUCAACAGUCCCAAGCGCUGGAGAAAUUUCAAGGGAAACCGUGACCAAAAAGAAAAUUAGUCUCAAGGACUACAAGACUCAGAAGACCAGCGUCGCUGUCGCAUCCCCCAUUGGCCUCGAAGCGGGUAGCCGAGGCGCGUCAAGCUCUGCCAAGUCUGAAGAAAGAAGACAGGUGACAUCUUCGGAGUCUCUCAAGCAUACUGAUAAGACUAAAAUGCCUCGACUGCCGCCGAAGUCACAUGUGCGUCUCUCUCCUGAAAGAGCAGGCCAGAAACGGCCAUCUGGGUCGGAACCUGAGUUCUCUAACACCUCAGCGACGAAGAAGUCCGAAACACAUCCUACAAAGAAACCGCGACUGUCUCCCGAGAAAGAGACACGCCGAGAGCCCAGCCCUACCAAAUCGCACUCCCCCAAGCUGCCCGCACUUCUUUCACCUACUCUCCCACCGACAUCGGGUGGCCCCAGACUUCCGCGCUUGCUAUCUCCAACCCUCCCCCCAGACAUCGAAAAGGAGUUGGCCCGCCUUGAGGAUCGUUCACCACCUCGCAAUAGUCGGGCAGGGAAGGGAUUGCCUGCCAAAGAAUCCCAUACCCAUGAAUACUCAAGAGACCACGCCCGUGCCGACCCACAGCGGACGCAGCUUCUUACCAAACUGCGGUACGGAAGAGCGAACCGAAAACGUGUUGAAGCCUUGCUUAAAUUUUCUGGUAAAAGGAAAGCGCAUCUGUCGGAUUCGCCGGUCAGCCAGGAUACCGAUCGUGACGAUGUCUCCCAUUCCAGGAAGAAGGGAGGGGAUACCGGUUCAUCUCGUGGGCACACAUUCGGGGAUUCGAAGGGCAAGAAACACGAGACUGGUGAAGCCCUUGGCCCUCAAUACGGUCGCUCAAAGGAUCCGAAAAGCUUCCCCGAAAAGCCUCGAACGCCGGUUCCUCAGCCACACUUCACCUCUCAUUCAAUCGCCCAUGACAAACCCAAAGCAGCUUCCAUCACUCCGGUGAAAGACCCGAAAGACGUAAAACCUCCGAACUCUCGUCGACAAGAUGUCGGAGAGAACGAUGGCACUCCUUCUUAUACCGCCAACAAACGUCACUCGGCCGAUCCCGGGUCAAUCAUGAAAGCUUCGCCGACACAGGCAGAUGGUCGUACGCGCAAUGAGCGGCAGGUAUGGUGGGAUGAGUGGCAAAAGUAUGCGGGCAUCGGUCGUGAAUUGAAGCAUGCUGCAGAGCGACAUACGUCUAAAACCGGGACCUCGGUCACUGACGAAAAGCUAGCGGUUGUGACUGCAAUCGAAGCGUUGUUGUCAUUUAUUAUGGCGUUCGUAGCGAACGACCAGGCCAAGGCUUCAUCACGCCAGGUCGGGGAUUCCUCAACAUGGCUGUCUAUUGUGCCAUACUGGCGUGUAGUCAGGAAGAACAGUGUACCAUAUCCGGCAUUGAACAGUCUCUGCUUGCUCCUUGGGGCUGUCUCCUUCACUGCCAUUCACACUCUCGAUCUUGAACGCCUCGCGAUAAGCCCAAUUCCUGGAGAGCACACCCCGGUCCCCACGCCUGGGAGUGACGGACACACAGCCCUUUUGGAUGAGAACAGGAAAAGCAGGAAAGAAUUUUCAGAAAUGAAGGCUCGUCUUCCUGAGUGCUACAAGGAGUCCCAGAGACUAUGGAUAGAGGGCACCCGGGGUCUGUCUGAAGAUGUCCUUGGCCGUGAGUUCCCCACGAUCUGGUCCCAGCGAUCUCGAAAUUACUCGGAGCGAGGCCGAUCAUCUCUCAGGGCUGGUGACUAUGCUGGAAGCUAUUUCCUACCACUUGGUGGUACUACGCCACCAAUCGAAGUGGUUCGGUUUGGCUGGUCCCUACUAAAAGAAUGGUGCUCGAAAGAACGAGUGGAGUGGAAUGGACGUCUUGGUCUCUAA